AUGGGGUACUACCUGGCUGACGGCAUCUAUCCGCAAUGGCCCGUGUUUUUGAAGAUGAUCAGAUGCCCAGUCGGAGAUAAUAGAAAGUAUUUUGCCCGAGCGCAAGAGUCUGCGCGCAAGGAUGUGGAGAGGGCGUUUUGGGUGCUCCAAUCGCUAUUUGCACUGGUAAAGGGCCCGACGCGCUUUUUCUACCAGGAGGAUAUUGCCGACAUCAUGUAUGCGUGCAUCAUCAUGCAUAACAUGAUCAUCGAUGAUGAACACGAAGGCGUCCUCAACGUCACCAACGACACCAGUGUUGCAUCAUCGAGUCACGGUGUCUCAACCGAGUCCGAGUCCGAGUCCGCCCGCCGGGGUGUACCGUACAACGAACAUGAACAAUUCAAGGCGUUCAUGGACAUACACCAGAAGGAGGCCCAUCGAGCACUACAACACGAUAUGAUCGAAGAAUUGUGGGCAAAUAGAAACCGCGCCCACCGCCCUUGA